UCAUUGAGCCCUAGGCAAAAUAUAAGGAGGAAAAGGGUACAACAUUUCUGCUUCAUAGAUCCUGCAGAUCCAAGCCAGCUAUUACUGGUUAAGAGUGUGCUUGACUUCUUACGGACUGCUUCUUAACAGGCUAUGCGCAUCUCAUGGAGGCAUAUUUGAAGGGAGUCAAACAGGAGGCGGAUGCCUUGGCCAAGGAAGAGGCAGCCGUUGAAGGAUUAUAAGACGCAUUUUUAGGAUCGGUUUCUUUUAGUUGGUUGCAUUGUAACUAUCAAUGUAACCUUCAAAAAGAAGGCUUUUUAUUGUUGCCAUGUUGAGCGAAAAGGACACUGUCACUUUGGGAACACAACAAUCGUCUUCCUCUAAACGAAGGAAAACUACAUCAAUAGUUUGGGAACACUUCACUAUGGAGACUUUUAUAGGGGGUUGCAGAAAGGCACGAUGUAAAUAUUGCCUUCAUACUUUUGCCUUUGGCAAUGGUGCGAAGCAACUGGGAACCAGCCACCUCAAACGGCAUUUAGGCAUUUGCCCUAAGAACCGAAAUUCAGAUAGAAAACAAGAACUUUUAACUUUAACUCCCAAGGAUAAAAAUGAAGGGAACACCAGCUUGUCAAACCCAAAAUUUGACCAAUCUCGAAGCCGUGAGGAUCUUGCAAGGAUGAUCAUUCUCCAUGAGUACCCGCUUUCCGUGGUUGAGCACCCUGCUUUCAUAAACUUUGUCCAAAGUCUUCAACCAAGGUUUAAGAUGGUAAAUCAGGCUACCGUCCGUGAUGAUUGUCUUGCUAUUUAUCAAAAGGAGAAACAGAGCCUCAUGCAACUCUUGCAAACAAUUCCUGGACGAAUCAGCCUAUCUUUGGAUAAGUGGACAACUGAAGAGACUCUUGAAUACAUGCGUAUUACUGGACAUUUUGUUGAUUGUGAUUUUAAGUUACAGAAACGGGUCCUCAACUUCACCAUGCUCCCUUAUCCUUUUACCAGGAAUGACCUUAGUGAUGUCAUUUUGACGUGUCUUACGGACUGGAAUAUUCUGACCAAGUUAUCGACUGUGACACUAGAUAGGCACCAUACUGAUGAUUGCAUUGGCAGUAACCUCAAAGACUGUCUCUCAAGCAAGAACAUGCUCUUGUUGAGUGGUCGGGUGUUUAAUGUUUGUUGUUGUGCUGACGUUCUUAAUCUCAUUGUUCAAGAUGGAUUGGAAGCCAUCAAUGACGUCAUCCACAAAAUUCGUGAAAGUGUGAAAUAUGUGAAGGCAUCCCAGGCACAUGAGCAGAACUUUUCCAAGCUUUUCCAGCAACUAGAAAUUCCUAGUAAGAAGGACCUGUGCCUAGAUGUUCAGGGGGAAUGGAACACGACAUUUCUCAUGUUGGAGGCUGCCUUAGAAUUUAAGCAAGCAUUUUCUUGCUUAGGCUCACAUGAUUCGAAUUACGAGGGAGCACCGUCAGAGGAUGAAUGGAAAAAAGUUGAAGUGCUUUGCAUUUAUUUGAAAGUCUUUUAUGAUGUUUUGCGUGCCUUCUCAGAAGUCACACACCCAACUGCUAAUCUAUACUUCCAUGAGUUGUGGAAAAUUCAUAUGCAUCUAAACCAUACAGUCACAAGUCCAGACAUUGUGAUUAUUCCAGUAAUUAGGAAUUUGCAAGAUAAAUUUGACAAAUAUUGGAGGGAGUACAGCUUGGUCUUGGCGAUUGCUGUAUCAAUGGACCCACGCUUCAAAAUGAAGUUUGUGGAGUUUAGCUUCUCAAAGGUCUAUGGUACCAAUGCGUUCAUGUACACAAGGGUUGUCAUUGAAGCCAUUCGUGAUCUUUACAGUCAGUAUGCUCGCAAUAUUCCAGGUCCUGUUCCCUUGGCAACAUAUAAUGGGGACCAAAGUUCCUCUAACAACUCAUUCCAAAUCAAUGAUGGGCUUCAAGACUUUGAUCAAUUUCUCUCUGAACUAUCUGGUAGCCAGCAAACAAAAUCAGAGUUAGAUCAAUAUCUUGAGGAACCUCUCUUUCCUAGGAACCAAGAGUUUGACAUCUUGAGGUGGUGGAAAAUGAGCGCCCCUAAGUAUCCAGUACUUAGUGAGAUGGCCCGUGAUAUAUUGGCAAUCCGUGUAACUACUGUUGACUCAGAGUCCAUGUUCAACACUGGAGGCAAGGUACUCGAUCAGUACCAAAGUUCUUUGUCUCCAGAGACAAUAGAAGCUUUGAUCUGUGCUAGGGAUUGGCUUCACCAUGAAUUGGAGACCUCUUUAGAUACUGUUGUGAGUGAUUUUGAUAAAAACAUUGGAUUGUGUAGCUAAACUAGUUUGUUGUCACCAUCAAGAAAAGAAAACAGGUUAGCUUGUUCGGUGUCUUUGUCCAUCUGGCCAUUCAUAUGUCAGGUUUGUGUUGUAAAAAGAAUUCGCGUUUUUCUCUAUUGCCUUAUUUUGGGUCUCUUUCCAUAGGAAUUUGAUUUCAUUUA